AUGGCGAAGGGGGCAGAAGGAGGCAAUGGCAAGGCACCAGUUCCUGUCCAGUACGACCUCAGCGGGAAAGUGCGGGUCAUUGUGAAGGGCUCGAAGACCCAAGCCGUCGGCGACUGCGCGUUUUUUAUGCUGCGUACUUCGUGGUGUAAAUUUCUCUUCUGCCUUUUGGGUGUGUAUUUUGCAUUGAGCCUCUUCUUUGCGUCCUUCUAUUUUUACGUUGCCGAGCUGGGCGGCAUAAAGUGCUUAGUCAAGGAACACUGUGACGUCUGGGAUGCACUGAACCUCUCCGUUCACAGCAUGUCGACCAUUGGCUUUGGCUCCAUCGUUCCGCACUCCUUCCUUGCCAACUUGACAGUUGCCAUCCAGUUCUGGGUCGCACUGAUGACCGGGGCCGUGGCGGGCGGACUCUUCUUCUCCCGCCUGAGCAUGGCGAGCAGCCGGGUGGCCUUCUCGGACACGGCUUUGGUGACCAACAUUCGUGGCACCCCCACAGUCACGCUGCGGGUUGUCAACGAACGGCCGUUCAGCCCCUUGCUCGACGUGACCUGCCGAGUCAGUGCCCUGGUUAUAGAUCCCGUAGCCGGCAUGCGUGUCCUGGCUCCUUGUCAGCUCGAGCGCAGCACGAACAUGAUGUUCCGAGCCGUCUGGAACGUCAUGCACUGCUUGGAUGAGAAGAGCCCGCUUCAUGGUUUGGACGAGACCAACUUCGAAGAGAAGUUCUUGGCCUUCGUGGUGCAGAUCGAGGGAACAGAUCAGACCUACAUGAAGAAGGUCUUUGCCAACAAGUGCUACUACCCAGCAGACUUCCGCUUCAACGAGUCCUUUGAGGACAUCAUGACCAUGGGCCCCAGCACCAUCACCGUGGAUCGGACUGGGUUGAGCUCCACCCGGGUGCUGGAGCGCUCGAAGCGGCUGAGCUUCCUAAGAGCGAACACCUUCUCCCCAGAGGAGGCCCAAAAGUUGGCGGCCAAUGCGGAGCAGGACGGAUUGACGCCGGAGGCAGAGGGGAAGCCGGAAGCAGGAGAGGAGCUGGAUCAAGGUUUCGAAGGGUUCGAGAUCACCAUGGCGACGUGUUAA